UUUUCCUUGUCAGCCAACCAUCUCAACACCCCCCUUAUCCAUUGCUCUCAUAUUCACCUCACAAAAAACAAUAUCCAAUGUUCACCCUUUUAUUAUCUCUCUACUUUGGCAAACUUAGAGCACUCCACAAACCAUCACAACCAGGUUGGGGGUCAGAAAACAAUGGCAACAAUGACAACAUUCUCUGCAGCAACAGUAAGUUCACCAGCCAUUCUAGGUACAAGGAUGUCUUCCCAGAAAAGAACCAAAGUGAACUACAUUAAUGGAUUGAACUCAUUUGGAGGACUAAAGGCAAAUAACAAUGUUGCCUCAUUAGGCCUCCCUAUGUGCACUGAGCAAUCUUUUGCAAAGAUUGUUAGCUCAUUGAAAACCCCAUCACAAGCUAAAGGUGGAGCUUUGUCUUCAACCUGCAGUGUUGCUGGUGAGAUUUUCAGGAUUGCUUCCAUUAUCCCUGGCUUGGUUCUCGUUGGAGUUGCUGUUGGUUUUGUCCUCCUCCGGAUUGAAUCUACUGUAGAGGAAGCUGAUUGAAACUUUGGUCUGUUUAACAAUUACUUUUUCCUGCAUCAAGAUUCACUCUCUGUUUUAUCUGUUUAAUUCUCUGUUUUGAUGUAGAAUUUGAUUUGUUUUGGAAAUAUAUAUAAGUUAAACUAAUAAACUAUGGGUUCCCUCUAGAAACUUUGACCCUCUUAAUGUACAAUCAUCUUCUUUUUAAGUGUUA